AUGACAUACAAGGGCCGUCCAAUUCGCAUUGCAGGUGCCUCGGGCUCUGCCUCAGACCGGCGUCAGGCUAUCGCUGAAUUUGCGCAUCACUACCCAACCGAUCCUAUCGAUGUGAUCAUUGCUGAUUUCAUGAGCGAGUUUAACAUGGCCACUGCCGCGGGUCGGCGAGUGGACCAGGCAAGCUCCCAAGAACCAACAGCUCCGGCCUACGAUCUCUCCUUCCUCGAAGCACUUGAACCAGCUCUGAAUGAUUUGGCCAAGUAUGGAAUUAAGCUCGCGGUCAAUGCUGGAGUGACCGACACCAAGGGCCUCUACGAGGUGGUGAUGCGUAUGGUUGAGGCAAAGAAAUUGGACUUGAAGAUUGCAUGGGUUUCUGGGGAUGAAGUGCUAUCUACUGUCCAGAAGGGAUUGACUUCCGGGUCUGAAUUUCGCAACGUCUACACAGGCGAGCGAUUGGCAGAUUGGUCAUUCAAGCCUAUCUAUGCGCAGUGUUAUCUCGGUGGUCUCGGCAUUGCGGCUGCACUCGCAGAUGGUGCCGACAUCGUAUUAUGUGGGCGGGUCUCGGAUGCUUCACCUGUCAUCGGAGCUGCUUACUGGUACCAUGACUGGAAGCGAGAUGAGCUUGAUAAGCUGGCGAAUGCGUUUGUGGCAGGCCAUCUGAUUGAGUGUAGCAACUAUGUCUGCGGUGGCAACUUUACAGGCUUCAAAGCCCUAGAGCACGCAGAUGGAGAUGGCUGGACCAAUAUUGGAUAUCCCAUCGCCGAGAUCUCUGCCGAAGGCGACGUUGUGAUCACCAAACAGGCACAUGCUACCGGUGGGGCUGUAACUGUCGAUACUUGCACAUCCCAACUGCUCUAUGAAAUACAAGGCCCUUGGUACUUCAACUCCGAUGUCACUGCGGUCCUCAAUGGUAUACACUUCUCACAGCGUGGCGUCAACCGUGUGGCUGUUCAUGGGGUACGAUCCGGUCCUCCUCCGCCUACCACUAAGGUUGGUAUCACUGCGCGAGGCGGGUUUCAGGCAGAGGCAUGGUGGUUUUUGACCGGUUUAGAUAUCGAAGCCAAAGCCCGCAUGCUGGAGACACAGAUUCGCCAAUUGUUGUCACCUUAUUCGGACAAGUAUACAUCGCUUAAUUUUGAUUUAUUAGGCUCUUCUCUCCCUAACCCACGCAACCAGAACCGUGCUACUGUGCCGCUGCGCGUCGUUGUACAGGCACGAAAUGCAGAGGACCUUGCACCAACACGGUUCCUCAAACCCAUCACCGAUAACAUCAUGCAGGGCUACCCUGGCGCUACGUUUCACUUGGAUAUGCGCCAGGGAUUCCCGCGUGCCAUCUUUGAGUACUAUGUCAGCUUGCUGCCACAAUCCGCAGUCCAGCACCGCGUUCACAUGCCCUGGAAGCUGGCGGAAUCCACGCAGACUCUCAAUAUCUCACCUCCGACAAACACUAGGACAUAUCCAUCACGUCAACCCUCGCAGCCCAUCACUCACACUGACGGACCCGUCAACCUUAUCCGCGACUUUGGGCCGACGACUCGUGGCCCUCUAGGCUGGAUCGUUCAUGGACGCUCUGGGGACAAAGGUGCUGACGCUAACUGCGGCUUCUGGGUGCGUCACCGUGACGAGUACCAAUGGCUGCGGACUUUGCUGUCUGUUGACAAGGCGCAAGAUCUGUUGGGUGAUAUUGGGCACGAGAACCAGAAGUUAUCAAUUGAGCGCUUUGAGUUGCCUAGCCUUCAUGCGGUGCAUUUCCUGUUUCGCAAUCUACUGGACCGAGGUGUCGGUGUGACCACCACGGUGGAUUUCCUGGGGAAGAAUGUGGCGGAAUAUCUGCGGGCGCGGCAUGUUGAUCUCCCUGUGCGAUUCUUGAAUCGAGGAAAGCUAUAG